GCUUUGUAGCCUCAACUAAUGAAGCGUCCUGAUGCUUCCAAGAGUUGUGAGGGAUGUGAAACUGAAACUGAUUUUAGUUUUUCUGCGUUGGUCAAACACACAUUCAAGAGUUGAGGGGUGUAAGGCGAAUUGGUUUAUUUUCUGCACUGUAAACACACAGACACACACACAUAUUCACCCUUAGAAACCAAACUUUUGUUUUCUCUCUCUGCACGUUACUCUAAUCAGUGCUUGUAUUGGGAAUCAUAAAAUAAUCUGUAAUCUGCGUUUCCCCACUUUUCACUAGCCUGUAAUUUCUCUUGUCAGUUUGAAUUUCCUUUGGCUACUAUUCCUAGAUAUUCACACUAAAAUUCACACUACUCCCCUAUAAAUGCAUGCGUAUGUUUUUUGGAAGUGUAUCUCAUAUUUGUUAUUUGGCAAAACUUCUCUCACUGAUCGCUCUGUUUCUGUCUUCCUGAGGCCAAGGUUCUGAAUUCCUUGAGAGGUUAAAGCUGCAGGAAGUUCUCUUCGGGAGAAAAAAAAAUCAUACCCUUUCACCUCUCCUUUACUCAAAGGGGUCCUUCAAGCCGUGCUGCUUGUUCCCCAGUGUCUUGCUGAAGUUUUUGUCUAUUCUGUAGUGAAAGAAUAUUUCAGUUUCAAGUCCCUCCUGCUCAUCACAGGACUCUUACAUGGGCUCAUCAGAAGUUAAUACGGGUCAGGAGGUAAAGUCAAGUGACAGAUACCACAUUGUCUUUGAAUCACUCUCCCUUUAAUGACUAAAUCUCUUGUUGGUUUGCACUUGCAUGCCUGGAUUCUUCUUUUCUUUGAGUGUGUUUUCUCCCAAGAAGCUCUUCAGACUCCUGCAAGUAGACUUUGGGUGGAAGGCUAUCCUGCAGGUGGAUAAACAGAUAAACAGCCCUUGCUCCAGGGGCGAGGACAGGUCAUCUUUUAACAUUCCUUCGGUGACAGAGAUGCUACCUAAGCUUCGGGAAGACUUCAGGAUGCAGAAUAAGUCUGUCUUUAUUCUGGGCGCCAGCGGGGAAACUGGCAAAGUGCUCUUAAAAGAAAUACUGGAACACAACCUGUUUUCCAAAAUCACGCUCAUUGGGCGGAGGAAGCUCACCUUCGAGGAGGAAGCUUAUAAAAAUGUGAACCAAGAAGUGGUAGACUUUGAAAAGUUGGAUGACUAUGCAUCCGUCUUUCAAGGUCACGAUGUUGGAUUCUGUUGCCUGGGCACCACCAGAAGAAAAGCCGGGGCGGAGGGAUUUGUUCGUGUUGACAGAGAUUAUGUGCUGAAGUCUGCAGAGCUGGCAAAAGCUGGAGGGUGCAAACAUUUCAACUUGCUGUCCUCCAAAGGAGCCGAUAAGUCGAGCAAUUUUUUGUACCUGCAGAUUAAGGGAGAAGUGGAAGCCAGGGUUGAAGAAUUACAAUUUGAUCGUUACUCCAUAUUUAGGCCUGGAGUUCUACUAUGUGACAGGCAAGAAUCCCGCCCAGGCGAAUGGUUGGUCAGAAAAUUCUUUGGCUCCUUACCAGAAUCUUGGGCCAGUUCGCACUCUGUGCCCGUGGUGACCGUGGUGAGAGCGAUGCUGAACAAUGCAGUGAGACCAAGCGACAAGAAGACGGAACUGCUGGACAACAAGGCCAUCUAUGCCCUGGGGAAAGCCGAUGACACUCCCAAACCAUAACGACAGUAGAGAAAAUGCUUUUUACUGCAGACUUGAAUGUCCACUACCGUAUCGGUAAUUGCAGGGUCUGAAAAAGUCAGCAUGCUUUAACUCUGUUGGUUUACUAUUCUCAGCCACCCAUAGUCAAUCAAGAAACGACCGUGCUACACAUCAGUGGUUUAUAGCCUGGUCAUACAUAUAGAACACCCAGGGAGCUUUUGAAAAAGAGAGGUCCAUAACCCCUACCUCAUGUUCUGAAUCCGAAUGUUUGCAGUAUGGGCAUAGGAAUCUGUCUUAUUUUGUUUAUGUGUCCCCUGGUGGUUCUGAUGCCACAGGUUGGAAAAUCAGCUUUGGAAACACUUGUCUGUAGAGUCCCAGCAGCAGUGUAAACCUUAUGUGCUAUGCAGAAGAACUCUGUGCUAAAAUUGUUGACAUGUCUCUGAGGCUACCCAGUGCUAUUACAUUGUAUACAGUGUGUACAAUGAACAUUUUGCCUUUACUAGUUCUUUAGAAUAUAAAAUAAAAACAGGCUCUCACAACUGAGGUUAUAUAAUUCAUGGAGAGGAUUAAAUAGAGGAAUAAAAAUGCAUGAACAAGUCUUGGGUGCUGCACAGACAGUUAGAAAAUGCCCAAGUCUCAGUGGUGAUAGGCAACAUUUUGGCCAAUGGGAUGAUAUAAGAGCAGGUAAUACCUGGCUCUUGGUAAGUGGCAGCCAUUGCAUGUGUUAUUUGUUCUUUAACCCUCCAAACAAUCCUUAUAAGGUGGUGUUAUCACUAUCCACAUUAUCUUAGAUGGGGAAACUGAGGCUUAUUGUGGUUAAGUGCCUUGCUCAAGGGCCCAAAGCUGAAGACCUGAAGCUAGGAAGUGGCAGAGCCAGGAUUCUAACCCAGCUCUGUCUAAUCCCAUAAUUUGUAUUUUUAACCAGUCUGCAAGAGCAUCCUAUAUGUAUAUAUUUCAGGGAGGUCCAGUUAAUUGUUAAUAAAUGAAUAUGUACUGUGGAUGAAAAAAAUUGAAAUAUUUGACUUUCUGGCCCAGGAUUCUUAUAAUGAUUAACUACAAAAUAUAUAGCCAGUAAAAUUCUAUGGCACCACACUUCAAAGGGCUGAAAGUGCUACCCAUUAAAAACAAUUGAAAAGAAAAGGAAGAUGCAGAAGGUAGGGUCGAGGCCAAAAGGAGCACAUGGUGCUAAUUUCCAUACUAGAACAAAGGAUGAUGGUGAAACUUGCCUUCACUUCUAGGCUGGAAGAAGCAAAGUGAUUUGUGUGAUUCAAUCAACUAUACAGGGUCUACAUUAUGCCAAGUACAUUUCAAACUUUAGUAGGCACUAAAGGAUAAAGGCUGGCCCCUUAUUAAAACCCAAAAAACCCACUGUCAUCGAGUCGAUUCCAACUCAUAGCGACCCCAUAGGACAGAGUGGAACUGCCCCAUAGAGUUUCCAAGGAGCGCCUGGUGGAUUUGAACUGCCAACCUUUAGCAGCCGUAGCUCUUAACUACUCUACCACCAGGGACCCCCUUAUUGGGGGGUAUGUAUCCUUAAAACGGAGUGGGCAUUCCCAAUGUCAGUCACCCACAGAAGAGGCAUAUUCUAGGGCAGGGUGGGAUCUUGGGAUGUGGGCAUUUAGAAGGAGACAGAACAUAGUUCUCCUGCCAGGUAGAGUUUCCUUGGCACUGGACUCAGGAAUCUAAAUGUUUUAGUGGUGACAAAUGUGGGUUCCAAGCAGUGAGGCAGCUCAUGGGAAGGGGACCCCAUAAAGAUAUGCUGAGGCCUGUGGGCUCUGAAAGCAGCUAAGUACAAUGGCCAGUUUUGUUAUUCUUUGUGAUUAGUACCAACUGGGAGGCUUGAGGGUGGAGGCCAGGGUAAAGUGUUGAGUUGGAAUGUGAGGCAGGACUAUGAAGAGCCUGGUAGUCAGUUUAAUUGAGUAAGCAGUUAAACUAAGCACAGUGCUAGAUAACUCUGGGACUAGAGCUUGGAACAGUACCUACUGAAAUGACAGCUGCCCACCCCCAUGUUCUUUCUAUGGUUUGAAUAGAUACUGCUGUUGUUGUUAGGUGCCAUCAAGUCAAUUCCAACUCACAGCAACCCUGUGUACAAUAGAACAAAACACUGCCUGGUCCUAUACCAUCCUCACAGUCAAUGUUAUGUUUGGGCCCAUUGUUGCAGCCACUGUGUCAAUCCAUCUUGUUAAGGGUCUUCCUUUUUUUUUUUGCUGACCCUCUGUAACAUACCAAGCAUGAUGUCCUUCUCCAGGGAGUGGUCCCUCCUGAUAGUAUGUCGAAAGUACAUGAGAUGAAGUCUCACCAUCCUUGCUUCUAAGGAGCACUCUGACUGUAUUUCCAAGACAGAAUUGUUUGUUCUUCUGGAAGUCCAGUAUCCUUCACUGACAGCAUAACUUAAAGGCAUCAAUUCUUCUUCCUUAUUCAUUGUCCAGCUUUCACAUGCAUAUGAGGUGAUUGAAAAUACCAUGGCUUGAAUCCUCACUGACAUGUUAGCUUUUCAACACUUUAAAGAGGUCUUUUGCAGCAGAUUUGCCCAAUGCAAUACGUUGUUUGAUUUGUUGACUGCAGCUUUCAUAGGUGUUGAUUGUGGAUCCAAGUAAAAUGAAAUCCUUGACAGCUUCAGUAUUUUCUCCAUCUAUCAUGAAGUUGCUUAUUGGUCCAGCUGUGAGGAUUUUUAUGUUGAAGUAUAAUCCAUACUGAAGGCUGUAGUGUUUGUAGUCAUCAGUAAAUAUUUCAAGUCCUCUUUGCUUUCAGCAAGGAAGGUUGUGUCAUCUGCAUGUCGCAGGUUGUUAACGAGUCUUUCCCAUCCUGAUGCCAAGUUCGUCUUCAUAUAGUUCAGCUUCUUGGAUUAUUUGCUUAGCAUAUAGUCUGCACAAGUAUGGUGACGCACACCCUGAUUUUAAACCACACAGUAUCCCCUUGUUCUGUUUGAACAAAUGCCUCCUGGUCUGUGUACAGGUUCCUCAUGAGCACAAUUAAGUAUUCUGGAAUUCCCAUUCUUCACAGUGUUUGCCAUAAUUUUUUAUGAUCCACACAGUCUAAUGCCUUUACAUAGUCAAUAAAACACAGGUGUAAACAUCUUUCUGGUAAUUUCUUUCAACUAAGAUCCAUUUAACAUAAGUGAUACCCCUCGUUCCAUGUUCUCUUCUGAAUCAAGCUUGAAU